AUGGCGUGUAUACAAAAUGUUAUAGUUUUAAUCUGUUUCCUCGCAACAGUAUAUUCGGGGUCAGUUAAACAAGAUGAUAGUUCUAAAGUUGAGUUGGAGCAAUAUAUAGAAAGUAAGAAAAGUGAAAUAAAUCCUCGGUAUCGGUUACAUUAUCAUGUGACACCACCGGUUGGCUGGAUGAACGAUCCCAAUGGUUUCUCAUAUUACAACGGAGAAUUUCAUCUAUUCUACCAAUUUUAUCCAUAUGAUAGUAUAUGGGGUCCUAUGCAUUGGGGACAUGUAUCCAGUCCUGAUCUUGUUCAUUGGAAGCAACUGCCUACUGCAUUGAUUCCUGAAGCCGAAAUGUGUUUUUCUGGCAGCGCUGUGGUGGAUGAUGAUACCUUUACACUUAUUUAUACAGGACGUGAAGUGAUCGAUGAAGAACCUCACUACAAAGAGAGCCAGUACCUCGCUUUUAGUGACGAUGGUAUCAACUUUCACAAAUAUAAAGGCAAUCCCGUUUUGCCAUCAAGCGAUUCAGCAGAUUUUCGUGACCCAAAAGUCUGGAAACAUGGUGAUAAAUGGUACCUUGUUCUUGGAAGCAAAACACACGAUGAAAGAGGAAAAGUAGUUUUAUAUUCAUCAAAGGAUCUCAAAAAUUGGGAAUAUCUAUCUGUGAUUGGAGAAUCAAACGGAGAGAUGGGUUACAUGUGGGAAUGCCCGGAUUUCUUUGAACUCGAUGGCAAAUUUGUUUUGCUGAUGUCACCGCAAGGCUUGGAACCUAAAGGUGAUCGAUAUAAAAAUACAUACCAAACAGGUUACAUCAUAGGCAGCUUCAGUUAUGAAACUUAUGAAUUUAUCCCAGAAGUAGAAUUCCAAGAGCUUGAUUUCGGUCACGACUUUUAUGCUACACAAACAAUGGAACAUAAUGGAAAACGUUACGUAGUUGGAUGGUUUAGUAUGUGGGAAGUGCCUCAUCCAGAGGAUGUUGACGGAUGGGCUGGAGCUCUAACUAUAGUAAGAGAAUUGAAAUUAUCUGGCAAUCGAAUUAUUAUGAAACCAGUAAAUGAAAUGGUCACCUUAAGACAAAACUCUAUUAUCCACGGAUCUUUGUUGCCAGAUCAAAUUAUAAACUUACCUAAGGCAUCAGAACUUAUUAUAGAAGGUGAUCUUACUGAAGAUAUAGAACUAUUGCUAGAAGGUUCCAUGGGAGGUGGUAAGGUUUGGUUGCGAUGGAACCGCGAAGCUGGUAAAGUAAUCGUCGAUAGAGGAUCUGGUGAUAUACGACAAGUAGAAUGGGUUCCUACAAAAUCUCAUAGUUGGAGGAUUUUCUUAGAUGCUAGUAGCAUAGAAUUAUUCUGUGGCGAAGGUGAAGUAGUUUUUAGUAGCAGGGUAUAUCCUCAUGGUGAUUGGAUCUUAAACAACUUAAGCUCGCAAUCAUUGUUGAUAGACGCAUAUCAUUUAGAAAGAGCUGUUCCUGCUUAGUGUGUUAAGGAAUUUUGUUUAAUUUUGUAA